AUGUCGUUUGGGUUAAUUAAUGCACCUGCAACAUUCAUGGAUUUGAUGAAUAAGAUAUUUCAUCCUUUCCUAGAUCAGUUUGUAAUUGUGUUUAUUGAUGAUAUACUGAUAUACUCUAAGAAUAAGGAGGAACAUGCUGAGCAUCUAAGAACAGUGGUGCAGAUAUUGCGAGAUGACAAAUUGUAUGCAAAGUUCAGCAAAUGCAAGUUUUGGCUCGAACAUGUGAUCUCAGAUAAAGUUUACUGUGAUGCUUCUCGCCAAGGUUUAAGGUGUGUUCUUAUGCAGAAGGAUAAAGUGAUAGCUUAUGCUUCCAGGAAAUUAAAAAAGCAUGAGUGUAACUACUUGACACAUAACCUGGUGCUAGCAGCAGUAGUGUUGGCACUAAAGAUUUGGCAACAUUAUUUGUAUGAGGAAAAGUGUCGCAUAUUUACAGACCAUAAAAUUUUGAAGUAUGUAUUUGAUCAGAAAGAGUUAAAUGAGGCAAAGAAGUUGACAAAGACAACGAGAUUUCUCUCAGUUAAAGCCACUUAUUCCUUGGACAAGUUGCCUAAGAUGUAUGUAGUAAAGGUUGUUAGUCGCUAUGGAGCACCAGUAUCGAUUGUCUUUAACCGAGAUUCGAGAUUCAUGUCGAAGUUUUGGCCAAGCUUGCAACAGCUCUUGUUUAAGGGCAACUGGGAUUCUCAUCUCCCACUGAUGGAGUUUGCAUAUAAUAACAGUUAUCAUUCUAGUAUUGAAAUGGCUCCAUAUGAUGCUUUGUAUGGGAGGAAAUGCAGAACCCUAGUAUGUUGGGAUGAAGUUGGCACCCUAUUGAAAUUUGGUGUAUUGCUUGCUUGGGCGACAAAGCGGCAAACAGUAUAUGAGUAUGGGUACUGA